GGCCGAGGAGCCGUCCGAGAAGGGCGCCGACCGCUGCUCCCCCGGGAGCCGAGCGGACCCGAGGCGUCCAACGGACAGCGCUUCGCCAGAAAAAAAUUGUUUAGCGUCUUAAGCUGAGUUUCGGCCCAGGCUUCGGGAGUGGCUGGCUGGCUACUUUCAGCUCACUUGACUGAUUUACAAUAAUAAAAAAGCAGUUCUCUCUUUUUGCCUGUUGCUAUCAGUUUCUGUCUUUGCUAAGAGAUGGUCUCUGCCCAGCUGCAUUGGAAUGUGCAAGAUAAGAGGCCAGUGUUGUAGGCUUAGUGUUUUACAGAUGAAGUGCAGCCAUGGAAGGCCUUUGGAGGAACGUAGAGAUGGAGAAUCUGAGCCACCUGGUUCUUUGGUUUCUCCAGUGAACCUCUUACUACCAGAUGAAGCACAAACCAGCAUGUCUGACAGCUGUCUGGGACCAAACCCUGAACACAAGCUUAUGCUCUAAGGCAAAUAAAGGAGUGAAAGGUGUGUGGGUGUAUGCUGUUGUAAAGGCAUCUGGAGGAGUCUGGAGCAAUGCCACCACCUUCGGACAUUGUGAAAGUAGCUGUUGAGUGGCCAGGUGCUAAUGCCCAGCUGCUGGAAAUAGAUCAGAAAAGGCCUCUUGCAUCCAUCAUCAAGGAGGUCUGUGAUGGGUGGUCAUUGCCAAACCCUGAAUACUACACCUUGCGGUAUGCUGAUGGUCCUCAGCUGUACAUCACAGAGCAGACUCGCUGUGACAUCAAGAAUGGAACUAUCCUACAGCUGGCAGUCUCCCCGUCUAGGGCAGCUCGCCAGCUGAUGGAGAGGAUCCAGUCGCACAGUAUGGAAGCCCGACUGGAUGCCAUGAAGGAACUGGCUAAACUUUCGGCAGAUGUGACCUUUGCCACAGAGUUCAUUAACAUGGAAGGGAUUACAGUGCUGACACGGCUUGUGGAGAGCGGGACCAAGCUUCUGUCCCAUUACAGUGAGAUGUUGGCUUUCACCCUGACUGCCUUCUUGGAGCUCAUGGACCAUGGUAUUGUCUCUUGGGACAUGGUCUCAAUAACCUUCAUCAAACAGAUUGCAGGGUAUGUGAGUCAGCCUAUGGUAGAUGUCUCCAUCCUCCAACGAUCCCUAGCCAUUCUAGAAAGCAUGGUGCUAAACAGUCAGACUCUGUAUCAGAAGAUAGCAGAAGAGAUCACCGUGGGGCAGCUCAUUUCUCAUCUGCAAGUCUCAAACCAAGAGAUUCAGACAUAUGCCAUUGCCCUGAUCAAUGCCCUUUUCCUGAAGGCACCUGAGGACAAGAGACAGGACAAGCUGCUUAACCCACUAGACCUGCCCAUCACUGAAAUGGCUAAUGCAUUUGCCCAGAAGCACCUGAGGUCUAUAAUUCUGAAUCAUGUGAUCAGAGGAAACCGCCCGAUUAAAACAGAAAUGGCACAUCAGCUGUACGUGCUACAGGUCCUGACCUUUAAUCUCCUGGAAGAGAGAAUGAUGACCAAGAUGGAUCCCAAUGAUCAGGCACAGAGAGACAUCAUAUUUGAGUUGCGAAGAAUUGCAUUUGAUGCAGAGUCUGACAGCAACACCGUCCCUGGCAGUGGAACAGAAAAACGCAAAGCCAUGUACACCAAGGACUACAAGAUGCUGGGAUUCACUAAUCACAUCAAUCCAGCCAUGGAUUUUACUCAGACUCCUCCAGGGAUGCUGGCAUUGGACAAUAUGCUCUACUUGGCUAAAUUUCAUCAGGAUACCUAUAUCCGGAUUGUUCUGGAGAACAGCAGUCGAGAAGAUAAGCAUGAGUGUCCCUUUGGGCGCAGUGCCAUUGAGCUUACCAGGAUGCUUUGUGAGAUCCUGCAAGUUGGGGAGCUCCCCAACGAAGGCCGGAAUGACUAUCACCCCAUGUUUUUCACCCAUGACCGUGCAUUUGAGGAGCUAUUUGCCAUCUGCAUCCAGCUGUUGAACAAGACCUGGAAAGAAAUGAGGGCGACAGCAGAAGAUUUUAAUAAGGUUAUGCAGGUUGUGAGGGAACAGAUCACACGGGCUCUCCCAUCUAAACCAAACUCCCUGGACCAGUUCAAGAGCAAACUGCGCAGCCUGAGCUAUUCUGAAAUUCUGCGACUACGCCAGUCUGAGAGAAUGAGCCAAGAUGACUUCCAGUCACCACCUAUUGUGGAGCUGAGAGAGAAAAUCCAACCUGAGAUCUUGGAGCUGAUAAAGCAGCAGCGCCUGAACAGGCUUUGUGAGGGAAGUAGUUUUCGAAAAAUUGGAAAUCGCAGAAGACAAGAAAGAUUUUGGUAUUGUCGCCUGGCUCUGAAUCACAAGGUGCUACACUAUGGAGAUCUGGAAGAUAAUGCCCAGGGAGAAGUGACCUUUGAAUCUCUACAGGAAAAAAUUCCAGUUGCAGACAUCAAAGCCAUUGUCACAGGGAAGGAUUGUCCACACAUGAAGGAGAAAAGUGCACUGAAGCAGAAUAAGGAAGUGUUAGAAUUGGCCUUCUCGAUAUUAUAUGAUCCCGAUGAGACCUUGAACUUCAUUGCACCUAAUAAAUAUGAGUACUGUAUCUGGAUUGAUGGGCUUAAUGCUCUCCUGGGGAAGGACAUGUCCAGUGAGCUGACUAAAAGCGACCUGGACACAUUGCUGAGCAUGGAAAUGAAGCUGAGGCUCCUGGACUUGGAGAACAUCCAGAUCCCCGAAGCGCCGCCGCCCAUCCCCAAGGAGCCGAGCAGCUACGACUUCGUGUACCACUACGGCUGACGGGGCCGAGCUGCAGGGCCCGCUGCCGGGCAGCCGCGGGCCGGCGGC